AUGAAGAAACCUUCAUGUCAGAAAGGUUUCAUUCUAGAUGGAUUUCCUAGGACUGUGGUCCAAGCAGAGAAGCUUGAUGAAAUGCUUCAAAAGCAGGGAGCUAAAAUUGACAAGGUGCUUAAUUUUGCAAUCGAUGAUGCAAUUUUGGAGGAGAGGAUCACUGGCCGCUGGAUCCAUCCUUCCAGUGGACGAACAUACCAUACAAAAUUUGCGCCUCCCAAGGUUCCUGGUGUCGAUGAUGUAACUGGAGAACCUUUGAUUCAACGCAAAGAUGAUACUGCAGCUGUUCUUAAGUCAAGGCUAGAGGCAUUUCACAGGCAAACUGAGCCGGUUAUUGGUUAUUAUAAGAAUAAGGGUGCUGUUGCAGAGCUUCAUGCAGAGAAAUCGCCAAAGGAGGUUACAGCUGAGGUUCAGAAAGUGCUUUCCUCGUGAAAUUGGGGCCCUUUGGACUCGUAACAUAUUAUGUCCAUUGGGAAUUCAGCGGAUUUUGUUUUCAUUGUAUCAAACAUGUUGUCACAUACGCUGAUCAUUUUGCUUUUCUUUCAUUUUAUUUGCGAAUUGCCGGCUGCCUUUUGUCACUGAGGAAAUAACCGAGUACACAUACAAAAUAAAAGAUGCUACAGGGUUGGCAUAUGUUUUUC